GAAUUGAGGCCGCGAUUUUGCCAGGAGCGAAGAUGGCGUCCAUUGGCGAUGCGUUGCGGAAUUAAAGGGACGGCGAGGCUGCCCUUACUAAACAUGGCGGCCCAGACGGGGCUCCCUCUGAGGGAAAGGCCUUUUUCCUCAGCGAUGUGGUUCGGGGACCCAUUUCAGAAAGUGUGCUGUCCCUAUGAUCCUAACCACCAAAUGCCUAAAUCUUCCCUGGAGAAGCAUAUGGUGUCCUGUAGGCUGAAGAAACUGGAAUACUCUAAAGAGGAAGAGAAUGAAAUGUAUGAUUCUACUUUUUUCUAUGAAAAAGCAAAGAUUCCUAAAGUUCAAAUGGACAAGAAUUUGCAGUUUGACAUUAAUUAAACAAGCCACUGCCAAGAGUGUGGAAGUUACAAUCCAGGUGCUUAUUCCUCACUGCCUGUCGAAGUUCCACAAAACCACAAGCGUUACAUCUGUGAUUUGACCCAAGCCGAUCGCCUGGCAAUUUAUGAUUAUGUCCUUGCAGAGACAAAGAAUCAGAGGUCGAGAUCCCAGCUGACAGAAAAUGACAGUGAUCUCUUUGUAGAUUUGGCAGCAAAAAUCAACCAAGAUGAUGGUCAGAAAGGUCCAAAGUCUCAUCUUGAAAUUCUCGCAGAGAUGCGGGACUACAAAAGACGGCGGCAGUCCUAUAGAGCUAAGAAUGUGCACAUAACAAAGAAAUCCUACACAGAGGUAAUCAGAGAUGUAAUUGGGGUUCACAUGGAAGAACUUGCUACUCAUUGGCAAGAGGAGAACAGGAACGCAGAUGUUUGUGAUGAUGAAACAUCCUCUAUAUCAGUCAAGUCUUCAGGAAGAAAGGAAGAGCACAGGUCUGGAUCCACUGACUCAAGACAGUCUUGUGGAAGUUCUAGGGAUGUUGAUCAUUCCAGACGCAGAAGUCCAGGCAAACGAAAAAGAAGUCGAGAGAAAAGUUCCCGAAGAAAGAGAGAGAGAGAUGAAGACAAGCAUCAUAGUCACAAAAAAAGAAAAUAAGAUUUGUACCAUCGUGUGGAAGUGCUGGAUACUGAAGUUGCUACCUGUUUUAUUUCAAUAACAUCCCUGUGUACCGGUAUCAUAAGUGUCUACAACGCUUUGCUGUGCCAACUUUCAUAAUUUAAUAAAUGUGAUCUAAGAUCUCUUUCAAUGGUA